CGCACUUGGACUGAAUAGCGAAUUCUUGGAGGCGCCACUUGGCGCUUGCACCUGCAAUCAUACCACCACCACCCUUCGACAGCAUGGCCAACGCGACGGCGUACUUCGAUCUGCCCCCUCUUCCGUCAUACACAUUGAAGACGCUUCCUCCUCUCAUAUCAUGGAUUCCUGAUGCCUAUUUGACCUUGGCUCUUCCCAUCAUCGCAUAUUGGGGAGUGUCAUUGUUCUUUCACGCCAUUGACGAGCUGGACCUCUUCCCACAAUACCGACUUCACACCCCCGCAGAGGUUUUGAAGAGAAAUCAUGUUAGCAGAUGGGACGUAUUCAAGGACGUAAUCAUACAACAAGUCAUUCAGACACUCUUUGGCAUCGCAAUCACGUUUUUGGAUCCGGAGCCUACAUAUGGAAAAGAGGAUUACGACGUGGCGUGGUGGGCGCAGAAUGUGCGGCUUGCGCAAAGAGUUGUACCGCUAGCUUUGGCAACACUCGGACUGGACGCGAAGACGAUAGCCGGUAAUCUCGUCUCGUCCCAUCACAUGCUAGCUGGUGUCGUUGCCGGUGGGGUGUAUCCAGAGCUUACCCAGGAGCUGUCGCUCAUGGGAGAGACCGUAACUGCGCCUGCUUUCGCUCAUUGGGAGCUGCAGGCAGCAAAGAUGAUCUACCACCUUGGAAUACCUGUGAUGCAAUUUGUCUUCGCUAUCUGCAUUGUCGAUACCUGGCAGUAUUUCCUUCACCGAGCUAUGCACAUGAACAAGUACCUCUACACCACUUUCCACAGCAGGCAUCACAGGCUCUACGUACCAUAUGCAUACGGCGCUCUGUACAAUCAUCCAUUUGAAGGAUUUCUUCUGGAUACUCUGGGAACUGGACUUGCGUAUCUUCUCUCUGGAAUGACUGUCAGGCAGAGCAUGUGGUUCUUCACUAUGUCCACGAUCAAGACUGUUGACGACCACUGUGGUUAUAAGUUCCCCUGGGACCCUCUGCAGCACCUCACUAGCAACAACGCUGCGUACCAUGACGUGCACCAUCAAAGCUGGGGAAUCAAGACCAACUUCUCGCAGCCCUUCUUCACGUUCUGGGAUGGUCUUCUGGGUACAAAGUGGACAGGCGGCGAUGUCACCGCAAGAUACGAGAGGCAGAAGAUUGCAGCGCAGAAGAAAAUGGAUGCAGAUAUUGCAAGCAGCACUUCUUCGAGCGGCACUUCAACGCCUUUCGCCAAGGACCCGUAUAAGAAGGAUGUUUCCGGCGCAUCAUCUACGGCACGAUCUGCGCAAGCGGUACUUGAGCCUAAUAUUCCCGCCGGCAAGCCAACGCGUCAAGCAAUCGGAUCGAGACAGCAGAUACUGGACGAUCCGGCAGCUGACGGAAUCAGCGUGCUAGCUGAAGAGUCAGCAGAGGAAAUGAGGGCACAAGAAUCGUUACGACGAAGUCCACGUAAACGGACAACUAAUUCAGGCUUGAAGGGGCUAGCCGACAGAGUAGGAGAGUCUCUGCAGGGCAAAAAUACAGGUGUGCUGGGCGUUGAUUCCAGGAGCAUGAGGUAAUUUUUACACUAAAGUAAUGCUAAUACUGAAAUGUGAUCAUACC